GCCUCACGUCGCCCCGCCCCGGCGCUCUUGCAGCAGCCAUGUGGGUGGUAACUCUCCGACCGUGGGGCCUUCUCGAGGGGCUCCCGGCGUUACUCCGUGGUCGCCACGCGGCUCUCCUUCCGGGUGGUGCGCGAGGCCUGAAUGGCUCGCCGGUCUCUUGCAGCAAGAACCUACUCAAGAAAUUUGCUUCGAAAACCAAAAAGAAGUUUUGGUAUGAAGGUCCUUCCUUGGGCUCUCACUUGAUUUACAAGCCAUCCCAGUUGGAAUUCCUAAUGAAGAGCACCUCAGAGAAGACCACGAGGGACGACCACGUGCGCCUGAGGGCACUGAACGGCCUCCUCUACAAAGCGCUGAUGGAUUUGCUGUGCACCGCUGAAGUGAGCCAAGAGAUCUGUGACCUGAAUGUGCAGCUCUCCAAGGUCUCUCUGACUCCAGACUUCUCCGCCUGCCGCGUGUACUGGAAGACCACGGUCUCCGCUGAACAGAACGCGCACACAGAGGCCGUCCUGCAGAGGAGUGCUGCCCACAUGAGGCACCUUUUGAUGUCCCAGCAGACUCUGCGGAAUGUGCCGCCCAUAGUGUUCAUUCGGGACAGAGGAAACGCAGCUCUGGCUGAGGUUGAUCGGUUACUGGCCAUUGCCGAUUUUGGACCCCCAGAUGAAAAAGAAGACUGUGUGCAAGACGACGUCAGAUGUGAGCCCAGCCCCCGAUCUGCAGCAGCCUCCCAGGCAGCGUCUCUCAGGACCCUGAUGGUGAUGCUGGUGCUACGGCCUUACUUGGUGCCUUAACUGUUGCUGUGACUUCUUCUUGGCACAUUCUCUUCCCCUUUCUGCCUCACCUGGGGCCACCUCCUUUGGGGAGCCUUCUGUGAACCCCCAAGUCUUGGUUGCGGCCCCCUACAUUCCCUUAGCUGAGACCUCACUGCAUGGACUGCUCAGCCUCUUGCCUGCCUCUCGCACAGGGUUUCCCAGGCCAGAGUGUAGCAAGUGUUGAUUGACUGACUAAUGGACUGCUGGGGUCUGCUCUGAGGUCAGGGGCAAGUGAUCUCGCUGGCUCAGGGGAACAUGAGCAGCAAACGAAGACACGGCCUGAGGCCCCUUUUCACUCUGGGCCUGAGAAAAGCCGAGGCAAAGCAGAACAUAGGGCCAGAAAUAAGACUGCAAAAGAGCCACUUGUCACUGGGAUUGUAGCAGAAAAUCAGGGCUUCGAGAUAAAACAGAGAAAGAAGGCAAGAUGCAGGUUUCGUGUAUUUGGGGAGAACACAGGCAUGUUGCGGCUUCAGAUCCUGACCACGGAGGUGGACGUGACGACCUCAUGCUCCAGAGGAGCCCUCUCCAGCCAUCUGGCUUCUGAGACUGCAGCUCUGGGUUCAGUACUCAGAUCUGCUGCCAGUGACCUCCGUGCUCAGUGCCCUUCGGCUGUCAGGGUCCCAGUGAGGGUGUCCUGACUCGCGUGACCACCUACCAGAGUCUGGUACAUGCUUCAUAUUCGUUCUCAUUGCUGCUGAGGAUUUUGGUUUCCGAAUGAGCAAAGGGAUCAGGGGGAAGCGGUUCAUUCCGUGUUUGGUGGAGAUGUGUACAACUUACCUCAUGAGGAUGUGCAGAGCGGGAUGUUCACAUGCACCUGUUUGAGGUGGCCCCACAGAAGUGGCUGGGUUUUCAUGUCCUUGUGACAUGCCAAGAUCGUAGGAGACCAGAGUCCGUCCUAUUGGAAGUCAGAUGUGCCUGUCAGAACCCAGUAAACACAGAGCCUUACAGCUGCAAACAUUCCUCCGGAUCCUACAAUAAAUCCUGUUGUGAGAGCAGAAGCAGAGUGUUCCAGCCUCACCUUUAUCUUGGAGAACGUGAGCACACACCUGUGUGGCUUUUUAGUGUUAAUUUGAAUACCGUAGAGCUCUAGCCUUGAACAAAACCUGAAGGGGAAGCUGAAUACUGACAAGUUGUUUUCAUGCCAAGACGUGAAGCUCAAAAUGAUGGUCAGGUGCAGACCUUGGUAACCUCCUGCGUGGGGAUGGUUUGGCAGUGGCCACAGGCUCACCUGGGCAAGGCCCCCAGGAGGAGACAGCACGCAGGCCUCCCACAGAGGCAGCCUGGAGGAGAGGAAGAGGCCCAUAAAGUGUUGCACAGAAAACCUGUCUGUUUCCUUUCCCAGUUCCCAGCAGUUCUCAUUGUGUUCCUUAGGCCCCCACAUGCUCAGAUACAACUUGUCUUUCAGGUG